CGGAGCGCACGUUUUCUCAAUUCCCUUCAAGACACUUCAAUAGCGUAACGAUGGCCCCCAAGAGCAAGAAGGCUGGUGACACUAUCUCCUCGCGCCUGGCGCUUGUGAUGAAGAGUGGAAAGGUCACCCUUGGCUACAAGACCACCAUCAAGACCCUGCGUUCCGGCAAGGCCAAGCUGGUUAUCAUUGCUGCCAACACCCCUCCUCUCCGCAAGUCUGAGCUCGAGUACUAUGCUAUGCUCGCCAAGACCCCUGUUCACCACUUCUCCGGCAACAACAUUGAGCUGGGAACUGCCUGCGGUCGUCUCUACCGCUGCUCCACCAUGGCCGUCUUGGAUGCUGGUGACUCUGAUAUCCUCACCAGCCAGUAAGCGUGAGAGCCGAGAGCAAUGAGUUCAUGUUAUGUCUGAAUGUUGAAUGUGU